AUGGAUGCAAAAUUUUCACGUUUACAAAAUUUUGUUAAUGAAUCUAAUAGUAAUAAUAAUGAUAAUAUACAAUCAUGGUCUCGGGCAAUCUUUUCACAAGAUUUAUUUCAAACAAAUAUAGAUCGUGUGCAAAGUUUUUUUAAUAGACGUUUAGACGGUUCACUAUCAUCAUCAUCAUCAUCAAGUACAGAUGAUUUACAAAUAUUAUUACAAAAAGGUGACAAUGAUCCUAUCUUACCAGCAUUGAGUCGUAAACAACGUAUUUUGGGUUUUAUGGUGUGUCUUGUUAUGGGUAUAUUUUGUAUGUUGUUAGCGACAUUGUAUAUUCCAGUAAUUGUAAUCAAAGCACGAAAAUUUGCUUUACUAUUUUCAUUUGGUAGUCUUUUUUUUCUUUCAAGUUUUUCAAUGUUAUGGGGACCAACAAAUCAUUUAAAACAUUUAACUAAUGUUGAUCGUCUCCCAUUUUCUAUAUCAUAUUUAGUUACUCUUAUUUGUACAAUAUAUUAUUCAGUAUUGGUCAAAAGUUAUUUCUUUACAAUUAUUUUUGCUCUUUUACAAAUUGGUGCUCUCAUCUGGUAUGUUGUUUCAUAUAUUCCUGGUGGCGCACGUGAUAUGUUGAUUAGAUCUAUUCUUUCAAAAACAAAUUCGAAUAGUCAAUUAACUAUUUCGAUUCGAACAUUUAAACGUUUUGGUGAAUAUGUUAAAGGUUAUGGUCAUGAACCAAAAUAUUAUCAAGGAGGUUAUCUUCCACGAGCAGCACAUCUAAAAGACCCACCGAAUUAUUUACCACCAUUUAUUGAUCCACAAGAAUGGACUUUAGAAGCAGCUACUUUCGGACAGAAUGAUUAUAUUGAUAUUCUCGGCGAUGAAAAUGUUGAACAUUGGCAAUUAGUUCGUAAUGCUCCAUUUUGGUUACGUGGUUUUCAAGGUAAUGAAUUACAACAUUUAUUACGUCGAUUAAAAUUUCAAGGUAAAUAUUUGGAAGAAAAUCAACCACAACGUUAUUCAGAUUUAAUAACACGUAUACGUUAUCUUAUGUUUAAAAUUAAUUUUAAACAUUAUAAACGCCCAUGGCUUAUGCGUCCAACUGUUGGUCCAAAUGAACCCCUACCAGAAUAUUAUGAUCCACGUUCUAGUUAA